AUGCUUGAAGACGAUUUCGAAGGAGGUGAUGCAGGUGCAUCGUCGACAUAUCCUGCGCAAUGUUCGUCACUUCGUAAGAAUGGCUUCGUUGUGUUGAAAAGUCGCCCUUGCAAGAUCGUUGAAAUGUCGACGUCCAAAACUGGCAAACAUGGCCAUGCUAAAGUGCAUCUUGUCGGUAUUGACAUCUUUAAUCAGAAGAAAUACGAGGAUAUCUGUCCUUCCACGCAUAACAUGAACGUCCCUAAUGUGAAGAGAAGAGACUUCCAACUUAUCGGGAUUACCGAAGAUUACUUAAGCUUGAUGGACGACGGUGGAGAAAUUCGGGAUGAUCUACGCAUGCCUGAAGGGGAUCUUGGAAAGGAUAUACAGACUCGUUAUGAUAAUGAUGAACCAUCUCUGGUUACUAUUUUAUCUGCUAUGGGAGAAGAGGCAGCAAUUGCUGUCAAAAAUAUGGCUAAAUAG